AUGUCGGACCUGCCCCGUGAAUACGAUCCUAGAUCUACAGCAGAAAGAGAGAUUCUGGACUUGACAGCGACUCCGUGUGGGAUCUGUGGCCCAUCAACAUGCGACGAACAAAUGAUUUGUUGCGACGGCUGCAUGAAAUGGUUUCAUUCACGUUGCGUGGGAGUUGCUGAAGAUUCAAUUCCGGAGAAAUGGUACUGCCAAAGCAAAGCUUGCCAGCAGCAAGCCCAGGAGUACCAAAAGCAGUAUAAGGAAGCCAGAAAACAGGCUCGUGGCAAAAAGACCCCUGACGAGUCUGAAAAAUCCAGCUCAAUACUGCGCAAAAGCCCCUCUAGCGUCGAACAGAGGAUGAAGGAAUUGGAGGAGAGGCAAAAGCGGCAGAACGAGGAGCUGGAGGCGGAAAUGCGACUGCAGCAGAUGGAAAACGGAUGCAGCGCGAGUUUCAGAAGAAAAAGUUAG